GAGGUAAGAGGAAGAGAGACUCUAAAGGGCAAAAAGGGAAAGUAGGCGGGAGGAUUCUUCUCUCUUCUUCUCCGGCGAGUCUUAUGUCUUCUCUUCCUCUUCGCUCCGGUGAGAAGAUGGCAACGCCUUCCAUCUCCGACGCCGUUCCACUUCAGGCACCACCAGAAGACGCGACCGCGGAUUUUUCCCAACCGCAAUCGGCGUCACAUGAAGUUGAUUCGUUACCAGUUGCUGAAUCUUCCGAUGAUGUUGUUGUUGUCUCGUCGGAGAUACCAUCUUUAUCUCCGUCAGAUGAUGAUUUUGACCACGAGAGAAAUAGCGGCGAGGAUCGCGAUCAGGAUCACGGCGAUAAUCUUGUUGAGACCGACGUUGUUGUUGUUCCAGUCGAUGAGUUGAAGCAGAAGAUCAUUAGACAGGUUGAAUACUACUUUAGUGACGAGAAUUUGCCUACUGACAAAUUUCUUCUGAAUGCUAUGAAGAGAAACAAAAAAGGCUUUGUUCCUAUUUCUACCAUUGCUACGUUCCACAAAAUGAAGAAGCUUACUCGAGAUCAUGCUUUGAUAGUAUCAGCCUUAAAGGAGUCAUCUUUUCUUGUUGUUAGCUCUGAUGAGAAGAAGGUGAAGCGGCUGAGUCCUCUUCCUGAGGUUAGGGAUCCAAAGAUUUUCACUGUUUUGGUAGAAAAUUUGCCAGAGGAUCAUUCAGAAGAGAAUAUUCGGGAGAUAUUUGGUAAAGCUGGAAGCAUAAAAAGUGUAUCCAUAUGUGAUCCAAAUGCUGCUGAAGAACCAGAGAAGGGUGCUAAGAAGGAAAAAUUCAUCAGAACCAGAUUACAUGCCUUUGUGGAGUACGAAACGGUGGAGGCAGCUGAAAAAGCGGCAGCUACAUUGAAUAAUGAGCAAGACUGGAGAAAUGGGUUGCGAGUUAAGCUUCUUGAACUAACAGGAAAGUUUGCACAGAGAAGACCAGCUAGGAGAGAAGUCGAUAAAGAAAAGGAUAAUACAGGCCGAGUUCAUGAUCAAACUGAAGGAGAGAAGAACAAAAAGACGCGUGAACAUCAGCAUCACCGUCACCAUCAUUCUGAUAAUACUGCUGAUGAUGAUGGUGGCAAUCAUCAGAAGGAUAAAAAUGGAAACAAAGGCAGAGGUGGAGGACAAGGAAGGCGACAGAAUCAUCAAGGCGGCAACGGUAUUGGACAUGGAACACCACCAUCAGCUUCAUCAUCUUCUCAUCAUAAUUAUCAUCCUGUUGAGGUCUCAAAGCGUCCACCUGGCCCGAAAAUGCCUGAUGGGACGAGGGGGUUCACAAUGGGGCGUGGUAAAGCGAUUCCUCCUCCUCCCACAUCUGCUCAAACCAGUCAUGAAGUUUGAUCGGUUUCACAUCUCCGGUUGUAUCAUUGUGUGGUUUUGUUUCACAUUAAAAACAUGUGAAACUUGUAUGUAGUUAUUAGAAUUAUGAUAUUAUUUUGGAUUUGGGUUUCCUUUUGGCACAUUCAAGUCCUCCAAAUCUUCACUUUGGUAGUUAGUUUUGUGUUGUAAGUUUUGGUGAAUGAAAAAAAUGAUCCAUUUGAUAAACUUAUAAAAUAACACUUCAUUU